AACCUUGAAUGGCCUUUGACCAUGAAAUCACUGCGGUAACGUGCGGACUUACGUCGUAUUAAAGCGUAAUCGGCCAGAGGCGGCUGAAGAAAUGUACAUUUUCUUCAAGAAAUGUACAAGCCGACCAGGGGGUCCGGCGGCUGCUGGUUCGUUCGCUGUUCUACACCGGAUGAUCGGUUCGUCCGAGGUGGCGACCGCCCUGCGACCAUUCUACUUUGCCGUCCACCCGGAUCUGUUCGGUCGCUACCCACAGCAGCGUCAGGUGAAUGAGGAUUCCCUGAAAUUGCUCAGUGCACAUCUGGAAUCGUUGUUGAAACAGCGCCGGAUUCUCCCUUCGACACCGCAAACCUUGCCAUUCUACAUCCGUGCCUCAAACGAGCUGCAGGAUCGGGGAACGUUCAAUCUCAUCAAGGUGCCACUGGAGCGCACCGUCGACACGAAGCUGGUGCUCCGGCGGAUACUGGAAUCGUGCAAUCUGCCCACGGAGUUUGUCGACAAAAUGCCCUCGAUGCAAAGCAGAACGACUCGAAGUACCUUUGAUGAUUUCCAUCAGCAGCAAACGGGGCAUCAACAAUCAUUUUACUACAAGAAACGAUCUGAGUAUAACUUCGGUAAAGAGCAGCCGGAUGACGAAGACGAUUCUCCGUUCGAGAAGGAGUUUGAUAUCUUUCAGUUUAAAAUCAAACGGACGCGUGAAAAUGAAACACUUCAAAAGUGGCUUCGGAAGCAUCUGGUAACGGCUGCAGUUCGCACGAAGGCCGUCCAGGAGCUGCGUGAGGAGGUUGAGAAGCUUAAGGAAGACGUUACAAAGCAGCUACAGCUCCGUGAGAUUAUCUACGACUGUGGCUGGAACGUGGAACACUUCCGUGGAUGUCUCAAGAGCCUCGAGAAACUGGCCGAGCUGCAUCCGGGCGCGAUGGAUGGGUUGAAGGACCGUACGCUUGUGUUUGCUGCCUUCACGGGCGUUAGUCUCGAAGGGCACGUUAUGCUAUUCACUGGAGAUGUUCAGCGGAAUUGGUUAGAGCUUAUCAAAACGAUUGACAAACACGAUAGUUAUCUGAGCAAACUACCGGCGUACGAGUAUGCGUUGUCGCAGGUCCUGCGUAACAUACGCAUCGGCCGUAGGAAGUUUAUGCCGAAGGCACAGGCCAUGGCGUAUGCUUCCCAUUUACGCAAAAUCACAACCGCGCUACUGGAUUAUCUGGGUCGCUCAAAGUUCCCAAAAUCGUGGCCCGAAAGCCUCUCACAGUUUGAACUGGUGGUAGAAUCGGAAGCUGGCCCGCUGAUGGUUAGUCCCACGGGUCAGCUGAUUGUGCCGGCCACCUGUCCCGGUUCGCUGCUGGUCGAUUUCUUUACCAACCAUCUGGAGGAGGCGCUCGAGAAGCAGAAAUCGUACGAUCAGCAGAAAUACGUCGAGCGAGAUCUGCACGCACGCUGUCUGGCCCAAUUUCGGUUGCUUUCGUUGGCGAAGGAUGAUUCCGUGACCCCCGAUCGCAUGAUUGAGUGUCUUGAAAAGUUGCUGGCAAAAGCCGGUACGGCCAGUGGCGAGCUGGAGCUGGCCGAUCUGAACCUUAACAUCACGACGUAUUACUCCGUGUUGGCCGAUGGUACGGUUUGCAUACCGUGGGAUUGGAAGCAAUAGAGCAACACUGUUCCUUAGUCAAUUGGUCAUGCAACCUGACUGGCGGUUGUGUCCGGUGUAUGUGUGCCAUUUCGUGAGUUUGUUGUAACGGAACUGACGCGGGUUUUAGGAAGAUAGCGGUGUGGAUCGAGUGUAACAAAAGACAAUAAACGGGUCGCCAAACUGGCCAAACACGUGGUUAA